AUGGUGGGUGGAUGUCAAUAUCAAAACCACCAAAACGAAGCGUUCAUGUAAUUUUAAAUAAUAAUUUGUGUUUUCCCAUAAAAACCAUCGAAAUGGGGCCCGAUUAUGAAGAUAUAACCGUUUCGGAGUCACUUUUUAAAGGGGUUCGAUUCUAUAUAACGGGAAAAGUUCCUGAAAAGGUUGAAAAUGUGUUAAAACAAGGCGGAGGUGAGCGUAUGAAUUACUUCUCAGAUUAUGUGACCCAUUUAAUUUGCGGGGAAGAAGCGGAAGAAACCGAUUUGUGCGAUGCCAACGAUAUAUACGAGAUCCCAGCGGUUAAUACGACUUGGAUAUAUCAUUCAGCGCUUUUAAACCAAUCAUUAGAUACUAAGCCUUAUUUGUAUACUCAAAAUAAUUUAUUUACGAACUUAAUUUUUUGUAUUUCGGGGUUAAAUCACGAUCGUGGCGUUUUAGCAUCGAUAAUAACGUAUUUUGGGGGUUCGUUUCAAUUAAAUCUCGAUAGGAAUUGCACUCACUUAAUAACAAUUAAUGUUAACAACGAAAAAUUUUUUAAAUCCGACGGGAGAAUAAGCGUUGUAACUCCAGAUUGGAUUUUAGAGUGUAUCCGAAUGAAAAAGUUAAUCGACACAAACGAUUUUCACCCAAAAUUAAUUAAUUGGCCCAAAAAGGGUGAGAGUACAACCGCUAUUACAGGGUUUGAACCCGAGGAAAUCGGCGAGAGUAACGAAAUAAUCCCAGAUUCGACCCAGGCGUUGUUAGAAAAAUUAAAGCAAAGAAUGCCGUGGAAUGUUUCUCAGUCUGCCACGACUUCCGGGGGCGAAAUUAUUCCCCCAAAUGUUGUUGCGCCGAGUUAUGCGAGUACGAAGUUGCCGCAACCCCAAGAAUUGAAUCAAUUAAAACAGUUUAAUCAAAAGGUUGGGUUUAAUCAAAGUUUUCUUUCGGGGGGUAAUCAAGUUCCCAAAAGUAUUGUGCAUCACACGCCUCAAGGAGGGCUUGAAGGGCAAAGAAUGAGGGUUUUGGAACAGUUGCAACAAGCGAGGGGGUUGCAACAACAACAAAGUUUGCAGCAACAGAAUUUGCAACAAAAUUUGCCACAACAACAAAGUUUACAACAAGCACAGAGUUUACAGCAGCAACAAAGUUUGCAGCAACCUCAGAGUUUGCAGCAGCAACAAAAUUUGCAACAAUCACAAAGUUUGCAGCAGCAAAGUAUUCAACAAAAAAUACAACAAACUGUUUCUGAGUCGUUUUUGACAUCAACAACGCAACAACAGCAACAAACUAGGGGCCAAAUACAAACUCAAGAGUUGUUGAUGCGUUCGAAUAGUGUGUUGAAUCAACGCAUACAGAUGAUGUCUCCUGAAACGCAACAAAUCGUGCAAAAUAUUCAACAAAGUGGGCAACAACGCCAACAAGGUGUUGUCCAAUUACAGUUGCAGCAGCAAAAACAGUUAUUGCAGCAACGCCAGCAGCAACUAUUAAAGAGUCAAAUGCUAAGUGGGAGUGUGAAUCAGUUGCAGUUACAAAAUCGGCAACAAAUGUUGAAAAAUUUGCAGCAAAACGUUGCCCAACAACAGCAGCAACCGAAUUUGCAAUCGAUACAAACGCAACAGUUACAAAGAAAUUUGCAACAAUUAAAUCAGAAUGUCCAACAAGAGAUUAUGAGUCAAAAACAAGUUGUCGGGGUUGUUACGACUCAAAAUCAAGACGUCGCGCAAACCAGUUCGAAUUUGGUGCAAGUUAGCCAAGGAAAUGUGCAACAAAUUAGCUCGAAUUUCCAACAAAUGUUGAAAAAUCAACAAAAUUUGCAAAUGGCCCAACAAAAUCAGGAUUUGAUGCAAAAUAAUCAAAGUUUGUUGCAAAAUAAUCAAGGUUUGGGACAAAAUCAACAACAAUUGUUGAGAAAUCAGCAACAUUUGAUGCAAAAUCAAAAUUUGCAGAGUUCGCAGCAAAUUUUGCAAAAUCAAUCGAAUACGCAGAAUCAAAUAUUGACGAAUUUGCCAAAUCAGAAUUUGCAGAAUCAACAAGGUUUGCAAAAUCAACAAAGUAUGCAGAAUCAGCAAACUUUGCAGAGUCAACAAAUGUUGCAGAGCCAACAAGUUUUGCAAAAUCCGAAUUUGCAGAGUCAACAGGUUUUGCAAAAUUUGCAAAGUCAACAAGCUAUGCAGAAUCAACAGAAUGAGCAGCAAAUUUUGAAUAAUCAAUCAAGUUUGCAACAAAAUCGGCAACAAAUUUUGCAAAAUCAAGCAAAUUUACAACAAAAUCAACCUAAUUUGCAAAAUCAAGCAAAUAUGCAGCAAAAUCAAACAAAUCUGCAACAAAAUCAACCUAAUUUACAACAAAAUCAAGCAAGUUUACAACAAAAUCAAGCAAAUUUGCAACAAAACCAAUCAAAUUUGCAACAAAAUCAAUCAAAUUUGCAGCAAAAUCAACUCAAUUUGCAACAAAAUCAACCAAAUUUACAACAAAAUCAACAACAAGUGUUACAGAGUCAACAACAUAUUCUGCAAAAUCAACAAAAUUUGCAGAAUCAACAACAACAAGUGUUGCAAAGUCAGCAACCCCAACAAGUUCCAAAUCUAAAUCAAGGGAUACUUCAAUCCCAAAAUAAUCAACACCAACUGUUGCAGAACAUUCAAACAACACUGACUAACACACAACACACUCAACAGAACUUACAGAACCAACCGAAUCAACUCCAAACUCAAAGUGUUCAAAGUCAACAAACACUCCAAUCACAAAGUCCACAAAAUCAACAACACCAAAUGAUUGAUACCGCUAACCAACAAAUGAACUUGAUGAGUCAACGAUUGAAUCAAGCGAAUCAAGUUUUGCAACAAGCUCAAAGUCAAAUUGUGACCUCCGCGAAUCAACAGUUAAUGUUGAGUCAUCAAAACGUUGCGCAAUCACCGAGUCAAGUUCUCGUCGGUGGGCAACAAAUCUUACAGAAUCAACAAAUAUUGCAAAAUCAGAUUUUGGGGGCGACAUCGAGUUCGAAUCAAAGUCAAUCUUCUCAAGGGUUGAUGCAAAGUAAUUUGAUUCAACAAAGUGGUCAGAAUUUGAUUCAACAAAGUACUCCGAGUUUGAUUCAACCAAGUACGCCGAAUCUGAUUCAACAACAACAAAGCGGUCAAAAUUUGAUUACGAAUCAAAAUGCUGAAUUGACGUCGAUUCAAAGUCAGCAAGAAAUUUUGAGUGCUCAGCGUCAUGUGAUGACUCCGCAACAAAGUUUGCAGCAACAGAAUUUGCAACAACAAAAUUUGCAGCAACAAAAUAUACAACAGCAAAAUUUGAGAACGACGAAUAUAAAUCAACAGCUCAUCCAAAAUAAAUUACAACAAAUGCAACAAAACGUUCAAUUCCAACAACAACAACAACCAAAUCAACCCCAACAACAAUUUUUCCAAACUCAAUUUCAAUCAAACUCGCAAUUGGUGCAACAAAAACUCAUUCAAACUGGUUCGCAACAACACUUAUUAACACAACAACAGCAACAGCAGCAACAACAAAAAUUGCUGUUGGGCCAAAAUCAAGGUGCUCGCCCCCCACCGGGUCACCAAAUUUGGCAGUCGAAUCAACAACACUUAAGACAACCAACUGGGGUGAUUCAGCAUCAAAUCGGUACUCCGAGAGUGCAAUGGGGUCCGAAUCAACAACCGGGGGUGAUCCCGGGGCGGCAAUACAUCCAUUUAGAUGCGCAAACUCACCAGAGAUUGCAAGAAAUGAGCCCUGAGGAGAGAACAAUUUUCGUGCAAAAGUUGCAUAAGCAAAGAAUUUUGCAACGCGCCGGGCAUAUUGUAAUUAGAGGAACCCCACCUCAGCAACAAAUGCAGUGGUUGCAACAACAAGCUAAGCAAGGCGUUAUAUUGCAACAACAACAGGUGCAACAAGUACAACAGGUGCAACAAGUACAACAAGUUCAACAAGUACAACAAGCUCAACAAGUACAACAAAUCCAACAACCGGGGGUCGUUGGAGCGCAAAAUCAAGCCCCGGGAUUGAGUCCGCUGAUGCAAACCCAAACAACACCUCCUUUCGAUCAAAACCAACAACAUUUAUUACAAAGGCAACAACAACAUCGAUUGCAACAGUUGCAGUUGCAAAGGGAGCAAGCCCAAAAAGGAUUAGUACAAGGUCCCAAUUUAAGACCGAUUGGUCCAACUUUAGACCCAUCGUUAGUUUUAGACGCAAACCAACAAAACCCGCUCGUUGUCAAUCCAAAAACGAAAACGGCGCUUGCGAAUAUGUUAAGUACGCGAUUGGCGAGCGGUGCAACUUUACCCGAAGCUGCAGCUGUCACUUCGGGUAUUCCGGAACCGUCCGCGGCGGGAACUUUGCGAUUAAUGACGGCGCAACACAACGCGGCGUUGAAUUCGGCGCAAAAUCGCGCUCCGCCUCCAGAUAUUUUAACGCUACAACAACGCCGAAUCAUCACCGGCGCGGGAGGUGGAAGGCCGAAUCCAACCGAUUUGAUUCGACCACCCCCGGUACCACCGAGCCAAGGCGUUCCAGCCGCUCCCGUUGUUCCAAACGAAAUCGGAGCGGGGAAGUUGCAGUAUUCCCCGAGGAGUAGUGUUCCGUUACAACAUCGUCCUGGACCUUAUUAUGGACAUAACCCAAAUUUAAAACUUCCCCCAGAUCAAUUUUUGUCGGGUUGCGUUUUUGUCGUGGUCGAAGUUGAGAAGUACUUGCAAGAUACGGUGCCAAAUUGGAGGAAACGCAUCGAACGUUACGGAGGUGAAAUCGAGCGGCAAUAUUGUACUCGGGUUACGCAUGUAAUUUGCGAAACUCAAAGGCAUGGUGUCGUGAUGCAAGCUUUGCGCGAUUGUAAACGAUGCGUGACGCUGUAUUGGCUCUCGGAUGUGUUGGAGAAGAAGCAGGUUUUGCCGCCGUGGAUUGCGUUACAUUUGCCUUUAAUGUAUUGGGAUUCUCAACCCGCGUCUAAACAUCUAAUUAGUAUUUGUGGGUUUACUGGAAUUGAACGGGAAAGAGUUAAGGCGAUGAUUAAAUAUAUUGGGGCAAACUUAACAACUUACUUUUCAAAACACAACACAUUACUGGUAGCAACAACAAAAUCAUCGGAUGGGCCGAAAUUUCAACACGCCAAAAAAUGGGGCACGCCAGUCGUCUCGAUCAACUGGUUAACGGAAGUCUUAUUGGGUCAUUUAUCCGCUUUGAAUCAAUUGGAGCACGCGAAAUUCCAAAAUUUCACGGAUCCCCCCAAUUUUAGCUUUGACCCGCUUUUAGUUCCUAAUUUAAUGUAUGGAUGGAAAAUGCCGAUAAACAUCUCGCAAGAAUCGUUUGAAAAAAUAAAACGAGCCGCUUCAACGCAACUUCAAAAUCCAACGUUAAAAAAACCGAAAUUAGAACAAAUUGUGGAUGAGAACGAUAACGAACAACCCAUAAUCAACAUUCAUUCUUCGAUGCGAUACCGCGUGAUGUUUUCUCGCGUUCCCGACGAUUUAUACUCAGAUUUAAAACGUAUCGUAACCGAUUUAGGGGGAGUUCUCGUUAACAACCCAACCGAGUGUACCCACUUAAUUAUGCACGAUUUAAAACGUACCCACAAAUUGUUAUGUUGCAUUUCGUUGGGUUGCUACGUUUUGCCCACUUCUUGGUUGAAAGCGUCCCAAAAAGCGAACAUUUUCGUCGACGAACACGAACACGGUUUUGAUUUAAAAGCGUUCAACUCCGAGUAUAAAUGCGAUUUGUCUCAAACGUUUCUUACGAAAAAUAGGAACAAGUUGUUUGAGGGGAGAAGUUUUUUCGUGACACCUAGUGUUUUGCCGAGUAAAAAGAAAAUCGUCGAGUUGAUUCAAUUAUCGGGCGGGAAUACGGAGAGGAUUCGAAGAACUCAAGCCCAAAUUGACGCUACUAAUUUAAACGCGCCUUAUUCGUACGUUAUUUUGACGCAGGAGGAUGAUUUGCAUUUGGUGGGGGAUAUUUUGAGGAAUAAAAAGGAUAAAGUGAGGAUUGUUUGUAAUUCUGAGUUGGUUUUGAGUGCUAUUUUGAGGCAGACGUUUGAUGUGGAGCCGUAUUGUAUUAAGGUUUUAUAAUAAUUAAUUUUUGUUGUGAUAAAAUAGGUGUUAUGGAAGAUUGAUCGAUUUUGAUUUAAGAAAAAAUGUUGAUUUAAGAUUCUAUUGAUAAGAAUUAAGUUUUUAUAUUUGUUUUUGAGUAGUAGUUUGGUCGGUUCAUGAAUGUUUUUUUAAAAUUUUGUUUUGAUCAUUUAAAGAUGUAAAUGUUGGAUAUUUAAAGAAAAUAAAUUUAAAGUUUAAAAUUGA